GAUAGGCCGACCGAAGGUCGAGGAGCAACCCGGGAGAAGCACCACUGUCGGCACUGUCCUCGUUUUGUGUCUCUCUCAGUCUCUUUUAUAGGCGUAUGUAUGUGUGUGUAUGUAUGCUUCGCACGAGGGCACUAAGGGAUUGAGACUGAAGAAAUUGCAUUUUCACUUUAUAACAAAAUAAAGUAAGACUUCUGAACAACGAGACAAACUUUUGAAAAAAAAUGGCAUCAAACUUUUUCAAUAGGAUCGGUCAGUUGGGUCUUGGCGUUGCUCUCACAGGCAGCGUCGUCAAUUCUGCUCUUUACAAUGUUGAUGGUGGUCAUCGGGCUGUAAUCUUCGACAGAUUUGCAGGAGUAAAGAAUGCAGUUGUAGGCGAAGGGACCCAUUUUUUCAUACCAUGGAUACAAAAACCCAUAAUAUUUGACAUUCGCUCAAGACCAAGAAACGUUCCUGUUGUAACAGGCAGCAAAGACUUACAAAAUGUGAACAUCACACUCCGUAUAUUAUUCAGACCAACACCAGACUCUUUGCCCAGAAUUUAUACGAUUCUUGGUGUUGACUACGAUGAAAGAGUUCUUCCAUCCAUCACUACUGAAGUUCUCAAAGCUGUUGUCGCACAAUUUGAUGCUGGUGAAUUGAUCACCCAGAGAGAAAUGGUAUCCCAAAAAGUUAGCGAAGAUCUUACCGAAAGAGCAGCCCAAUUUGGUGUUAUCCUUGAUGACAUUUCAAUCACACACUUGACAUUCGGCAAAGAAUUCAGUCAGGCGAUUGAAUUGAAGCAAGUGGCACAGCAAGACGCAGAAAAAGCUCGUUUCCUGGUAGAAAGAGCGGAACAGCAAAAGAAAGCAUCGAUUAUCAGCGCCGAAGGUGACGCCCAAGCGGCCAGUUUAUUGGCAAAAUCGCUUGGAGACGCGGGUGACGGUCUCGUUGAAUUGAGAAGAAUCGAAGCUGCCGAGGACAUCGCCUAUCAAUUAUCACGUUCAAGAAAUGUCGCUUAUUUGCCUUCAAGCCAAAAUGUCCUUCUCAAUCUUCAACAAUAGACAAAAAAAUGACUAAAACUUAAAAACAGUGGAAAAAUAUAAUGCAAAGAAGAAAAAUGAAUGCGUAUGAAAAUCAUGUGCAGGAAAGAAAGCAUUUGUCGCAGUUUUUUUUCUAUGAAAACGUUUUCCCAACAGUUCGAAAAAAAAAAUACACGGAUACAAUAUUUUUAGCAUUCGCAAUUCGAAUUUCGCGAGACUUAAGUUCAAAAUUAUUUUGUAGAUUCACGUACUUUGUUUUACCUUUUUUGUUUUCUAACUUUUUUUUUCACCAAUGUACGAUGAGAAAUUCCUGAUUUAAAAUUCCAAAGCUCGGACUUUUGUUCUCGUGAUUCUUACUCGAAUUUUUCACUACACCAAUGAAAAGAAAAGUACAGAGAAAGAAAGGGUCAAUAAACCAAUAAAUUGUU